CCUGUCUCCAACUGUCAGUGGCUGAAUCUUUUAAAGAUUGCAACUUCGCCUUUGCGUUCGUCGGUCCAACUCUUCUGACUUCACCAACAACCUACGCUGGAAUCGUCCGCGGACGGUCCCUAAUACCAAUUCGUCUGUCACAAUGGCCUCGCUCAGGAUACCCGCAUUGCGGCACCUCGCAGCAUCUCCCCUCCGCGCCACCCGCGUCCUCAACCAGCGUCGAUGGGCCCAGGUCCACGACAUCCGCUUUCUCGCUACGACCCGACCUGCCCAGGCAAUCCUCGACAAGUACCGGGCUAAACUCGACCAAAAGGCAAAGACCGAGGGCCUCUCCAGCAUUGACGAGCUCAAGGCUGCCUAUGCCGACAAGAUCGAGGCCGAGCGCCUCAAGAACGCCAUUGAGGACCCCGUCAUCCCUCAAGCACCCGAGACGCCCGUCGCCCAACCCAAUGCCGACAACACACCUAUAACGAAUACUCGCGAGCCCCCGAAGGCCCCUCCGACCGGCGGCGACAAGGCUGCGCUCAAGGCUCUCAACGAUAUCAUUGACCUGGAGAAGACUCGUGAGCUACCGGACAAGGAGCUCACAGCGAUCUGGCGCUUACGGCACGCCUCAUCCCCCCAGAACAUAUGUGCCGUUGUCCCCGCCUCCGCAUACAAGGCCAUGGAAGAGGCCGCGCGGACAUCUCCUCAAUUCGUUCUCCCCGUCCCUCAUCCGACACAGGGUGCCGAAAUCCACUUCCUCCAGUGGACCUUUGACGCCUCCUCCAAGACCAGCACCGUCCUCUUCACCCAGCUGGCCGAAUACAAGACCCGAGGCGAGUUCGCACAGCCGCACACCACUAUCACACACCACUUGGACCUAGCCGACGAGAGGGGACUGGUUUUGAUGCAGGGUCAGGUCGUCGACGGCCGCGGCGUCAAGCCCGAGGAGGCGAAGUGGCUUGUCAUGUGCCUGCAGCGAUUCUACGGCGGCUGGGAAAGCGAAGCUGUUGAACUUGAUGGCGAGCGCAAAGCGAGGGCCGAGGAGCGUGCCAAGUUGUUGCAGUGGUUUGCCGCUGGCGAUUCCAGAUUCAGCCUGGACAAGCUGAUGGAGGAGGCUGAGCGCAUGGGUUAAAACAAGCGGAAAUUAUGAUGGGUAGACCUCAAUGGUGUAAAAUCAGGUAUUAACUGGUUGGGUUCAUGGAACGCAGUCGUGGAUAAGGGGAUAGAAGCAUGACUAGAUAUACACAUGCAUGUAGGAUUACCGGAUAUACGAAGUAUGUACAAAGACCAUCACGAUAUCUCCCA